AGUAUUACCUAUAAAUAUUCAUGGAAAAUAACAUUACCGAAAACAGGGUCAUGCUGGGUAAAAUAACUGGUUUCCCCAGAUGGCCCUGCGUAAUCAUAAAUGAAAACGACGUAAGCAUGGGCGAUGCACCCGACAAUUCAAAAAACUGGUAUAUCGUCCAAUUUUUUAAUGACGGGAAAUACGCCUGGUUAGCCGAGGAAGAUUUAUCUUCUUACGAAGAAAAUGUAGAAUUACUAGCAAAACGAAACCAGAAAGAAAAAAAAUUGUUGAGCGCAAUUAGGGAGGCCGAUCAACAAUUAUUACUAAAAAGAGAAGAUCCUGAUUAUUGUAUUACCGUCAAUAGAAAAAGAAAAAUACCUAAAAUGUUAAGUAUAAAGCAAGAAGCUGAAUUGGACGAAACAAAUUCAAAAAAGGAUGAACAAAUACCCAAAAGGAAGAAAGUCAAUAUAAUAAAUAUUAUAAAUUACGAGGAAAAGAACACUAAACGAGAUAAAGAAAAAAUAGGUAUUGUUGUCGGGAAAGGGGUUAUUGUAGAUGAAUUUGUAAGACAUUUGUUAAUUGCUGGGUUUCACCUAAAUGUUUACAACACGUCGUUUGAAAAAUGGAAUAAAUUAGUCAGAAAGUUUCAACACGUUGGAAACAUAACCGCAUUAUUAAGCGCGAGAGCCGUACUGGAAGGUUCCACAAAUGUUUUCCUUUUCUUUAAAUUCGAGACUGAAGUCGAUGAUAUUAUCAACAAAGACUUUGAGGGUGAUCAGAAAACAAAUAAAAUAAGAACGAAAGGGAUAAUCAAUGCUACUCCUGUAACACCUGCUUUUUCUAAUAAAGUAGAACAGGUCAUUGAAAGAAGUGAAGGUAAAUAUUUGGAAAUGCUUGUAUUAGGAACUAAGAAGCAGGCCAUUGACGCCACAUUAACGCUGUUUACUUCUGGAAAAAGAAGUUUUUUUGAUGAGUGCUUACCUCUGUUUAACGCAUUCUGCGAAAAUGGGUACCAUAUUGGAAAUGCCGGGUCCGCAGCAAAAAUACACCUAUUGUUGCAGAUGGUUAGAGGCAUAAACUUGGCAGCUCUCGGAAACUGUUUCUCUUUGUUGCCCUACCUUGGAAUAUCCAAGGAAAUUUUUAUGACACUGUUGAAGGAAUCAAAUUUGGCCAGUACCUAUAUUAUCGACAAAGCUGUCGCUAUUAAAGAUAAGUCUUUUACUUCAGUGGAAGAGUCUGUUAGUGACAUGGACGAGCAACUUAAAUUAUGCGUUAAGAUGGGCAACAGUGCGGGCCAUAGCAUGUCGCUAACCAAUACUGUACUACAUAUGUUUCAGCUAUGUACAAUGAAAUCGUAUGGAGAUCACGAUGCUAGUGCUGUCAGUUUAUUGAGCCCGUAUCACUACUAAUUAUUUUUCGACUUUGCAUUAUUUUUUCCUCAUUUAUACAUUUCUCUACCUUUUUUUAAUCUCUUACUUUGAUGUUAUUAAAUAUAUAGU